AUGCAUGGAAACACUGCCAAGGUGGAGCAGCCGAAAGUAGUAGUACCAGUACCGGCUGGACCGAGAAACAAGAGAAGUUUUAUUUGGGUUUCCUCGCGUGAUGCAGAGAUUUAUCCUUUGGUGUUGUGUGUGGCAGUUGGUACCGUGAUUGCCGGUUUCAGUGUUGUCCGUCACCUGAUGUUCGAUCCUGACGUUAACGUAAGCCGCGACCGGCGCGAGACACCAACAUGGGAACGCUAUGAUACCGAGGAAGGAAAGACAUUUUCGCGAAACCGCCACCAUUUAGCCAAUCUCAAACCGAAUCCGAUCAACACGUUUGAAGAAUCUGCUGCACUGAAAGAAGGAACCGAUGAACCGUUCUCGAAACACCUGUAA